AUGUCGAGCAUCUCAAUUGCUGGUAUAGCAAUCCUAGGAUACAUUUCAAGCCUCACCAUAUAUCGUCUCUACCUGAGCCCGCUCGCGAAGUUUCCAGGACCCAAGCUAGCUGCAUUGACGAAAUGGUACGAAGCGUACUACGAAAUUGUCCUGAAUGGGAAGUUCAGCUUCCAUAUUGAGGACUUGCAUCGCAAAUACGGGCCUAUCGUUCGCAUCACUCCUUUCGAGAUACACAUACAGGAUCCUUCAUCUUGGGAGUCACUCUACGUGAAGCACAACAAGUCAUCCAAAUAUGAGUGGACAGCGGGUCGUUUUGGGAACGAAAGUUCUGUCUUUACGACGUCAGAUCCCACGCUGCACCGCAUACGUCGAGGUGCACUGAAUAAUAUGUUCUCUCGCCGCGCCAUACUCAACUUCGAGCCAGUUGUGUCGAGAUACGUCGACAUUUUCUGCAAUGGUCUAGAAAAGUUUCGUCAGACUGGCAGCAUCUGCAAUAUGACAGAGGCCUUCUCGGCGUUUGCAGGCGAUGUCGUGACUGACUACUGCUUCGGCUUCAGUUACGAACAUCUAGCAAUUGAGGGCUUCACACACUCUUUCCACGAUGCGUUCAUGGCAGUAUCAGCCUUUGGACAUGUGGCUUUACAAUUUCCUUGGGUGCAUCCUCUCCUUAAUAGCCUGCCAGAUAGCUGGAAUGCGGCAAUGAAUCCUCCCUUGGCUGAGCUGCUUGGACUGCAAAAGGAUCUCCGAGCCAAGAUUGCUCAGGUGAAGGAGGAUACAGCGAGAAAUGAGAAGAUGCCCGAACAUCCAACCAUCUUCCAUACGCUACUCAAUGAUAAGAGCUUGCCAGACUCCGAGAAGACGAAUUUGCGCUUUGCAGAAGAAGCUCAGCUACUACUUGGCGCUGGAAUUGAGACAACGUCGUGGAGUCUCUGCCAGACCUUUUUCUACGUGCUGUCGCAACCAGACGUUCUGUCGAAGCUCAAGGCCGAACUCUACGAAGCGAUACCGAACGCAGCUCAACUGGACGCCUUUGACUACACCAAGCUUGAGACCCUUCCGUACCUGCGAGGCUGCAUCAAAGAAGGAAUUCGUCUUUCACUCAGCGUGUCGGCACGAAACCCUCGAGUGCUUACCGAGCCAUUUGUCUGGCGAGACCAUACGACUGGCCGAGAUUGGGUCGUUCCAGCUGGCACGCCCAUUAGCAUGACGAUUGCCGAUGUGCACUUGAAUAAUGACUACUUUCCUGAAGCCGACAAGUUUAAGCCCGAGAGAUGGCUUGGUGAUUCACCAAAGGCACCUGAUGGCUCGCCGUUGGAAAGGUACUUCGUGGCAUUCGGCAAAGGGCCCAGAAGCUGUUUGGGGAUCAACCUCGCUUGGAUGGAGCUUUUCAAGGUCGUCGGCACGAUCAUGCGCAAGUUCCAGCUGGAGCUCUACGAGACCGAUAUCACGGAUGUGUUAUUGGAACAUGACUUCUUCCUGCCAAGCCCGAGACUGGACUCAAAGGGUAUCAGGGUAAAGGUAGUUGGUAUAGAAAGCUGA